AUGGCUACCUUUCUCGAGGGCUCGUACAGUUUGGUACACCAGGACAAUGCGGCAGACGUGCCUUCCAUGUCCGAAUUACGGACACAGUUGGAAAAGGGCACAGAUGAGAGCAAGGUGGAAACAAUGAAGCGCAUCCUGACAGUUAUGCUGAAUGGGGAUCCAAUGCCCCAGCUUCUCAUGCAUAUCAUUCGAUUCGUUAUGCCAUCCAAGCACAAAGCUUUGAAAAAGCUGCUAUACUUUUACUACGAAAUAUGCCCAAAACUGGAUGCCAGUGGAAAGCUUAAGCAGGAGAUGAUUCUGGUCUGUAACGGCAUUAGAAAUGAUUUACAACACCCUAACGAAUACAUUCGGGGCAACACCUUGCGCUUCUUAUGCAAGCUUCGUGAAGCCGAGCUCAUCGAACCUCUUCUCUCCUCCGCUAGAUCCUGUCUGGAACAUAGGCACGCAUACGUUCGAAAAAAUGCUGUAUUUGCCGUAGCCUCCAUUUUCCAGCACUCCCAAAGUCUCAUCCCAGAUGCCCCAGAACUGAUCUCAACAUUUCUGGAAACCGAAACCGAUCACACAUGCAAGCGUAAUGCAUUUGCAGCUUUGGUCAGCAUCAGCCAUGACAGUGCGCUGGCGUAUCUUAGCAGUGUAUUCGAUGGUAUCCCCAACGCCGACGAGCUGCUUCAGCUAGUUGAGUUAGAGUUCAUUCGCAAGGAUGCCGUCCAGAAUUCACAGAACAAGGCCCGUUAUUUGCGUCUUAUUUUUGACCUUCUAGAGGCAGGCGCUAGCACAGUGGUAUACGAAGCAGCCUCGUCACUUACUGCGCUCACUAGCAAUCCAAUCGCAGUAAAGGCUGCAGCCACCAAGUUCAUAGAGCUAAGUAUAAAAGAAGCGGAUAAUAAUGUUAAGUUGAUAGUGCUGGAUCGAGUUGACAGCUUAAGACAAAAGAAUGAGGGCGUCUUGGAUGAUCUUACCAUGGAAAUGCUCCGAGUUCUUUCGAGCCCAGAUAUCGAUGUUCGCCGAAAAGCAUUGGGCAUCGCACUGGAAAUGGUAUCAAGCAAAAAUGUUGAAGAAGUCGUGUUACUGUUGAAGAAAGAGCUGACCAAAACUAUCGAUCAAGAGUAUGAAAAGAACAACGAAUACCGACGGCUUCUUAUCCACUCGAUACAUCAGUGCGCCAUCAAGUUCUCCGAGGUUGCGGCUAGUGUGGUUGGUCUACUAAUGGAUUUUAUCGCCGACUUCAACAGCACUUCGGCUGUAGAUGUCAUUUCGUUCGUAAAAGAAGUGGUUGAGAAAUUCCCUGCCCUUCGACCAACAAUAGUCGAGCGUCUAGUAUCUACCCUCAGCGAGGUUCGUGCCGGAAAGGUGUACCGUGGUGCGCUAUGGAUCGUCGGAGAAUACUCUCUAGAGGCAACCGAUAUUAGAGAUGCGUGGAAGCGCAUUCGUGCGAGUUUAGGAGAAAUUCCAAUCCUCGCCUCGGAGCAACGCUUAUUAGACGAUGUUGCUGAUGAUACGGAAGCACCAAAAGAUGAUCAGGUAAAUGGCCACUCAAAGGCUGCACCUACGGGAUCGCGAAGAGUCCUUGCCGAUGGUACUUAUGCAACAGAAAGCGCACUUACAAGUCAAUCUGCUGUCAAAGCGAAAUUGGAAGCUGUGAAAGCUGCGCAAAAACCGCCGCUCCGACAGCUUAUUCUCGAUGGAGACUACUUUCUUGCAUCAGUUCUUUCGUCCACACUCACAAAACUUGUCAUGCGGCAUUCGGAAAUCUCAAAAGAUAAAGCGCGAACAAAUGCUCUUCGUGCUGAGGCUAUGCUGAUCAUGAUAUCAAUCAUUCGUGUUGGACAAUCGCAAUUCGUCAAGGCCCCUAUUGAUGAAGAUUCAGUAGACAGGAUCAUGUCAUGUGUAAGGUCCCUAGCUGAAUUCGCGAACAACAAAGAGUUGGAGAAGGAUUUGCUAGACGACACCCGCAAGGCAUUCCGUGCGAUGGUUCAAGUCGAAGAGAAGAAACGCGCGGCAAAGGUGGCACAAGCAAAAGCCAAGAGCGCUGUACAAGUUGACGACGUGGUGUCAAUCCGCCAAUUGGCAAAGAAGAAUGCAGGAGAUGGUACUGAUGAGAUAGAACUCGAUCUCGAGAAAGCCACUGGCGGUGACAAUGCCGUUGACGAUCUCUCAUCCAAGCUCAGCCGCGUCGUUCAAUUGACAGGUUUCUCAGAUCCUGUCUAUGCCGAAGCAUACGUCCAGGUCCACCAAUUUGAUAUCGUUUUGGAUGUCCUUCUUGUUAAUCAAACAACUGAGACUCUCCAGAACCUGUCAGUAGAGUUUGCAACCCUUGGCGAUCUCAAGGUUGUUGAAAAGCCAACUACUCAGAACCUUGGACCCCACGACUUCCAGAACGUGCAGACGACAAUUAAAGUAUCAUCGACCGACACUGGUGUCAUUUUUGGAAACGUUGUUUAUGAUGGAGCAAGCUCAACAGAGAAUAAUGUUGUGAUUCUCAAUGAUGUCCAUGUUGAUAUUAUGGACUACAUACAGCCCGCAGUUUGCACAGAGACGCAAUUCCGUGACAUGUGGGCCGAAUUCGAGUGGGAGAAUAAAGUCAACAUCAACUCGAAAGCCAAAUCAUUACGCGAAUUCUUAACGCAGUUGAUGGCCUGUACAAAUAUGAGUUGUUUGACACCAGAAGCUUCGCUCAAGGGUGAUUGUCAAUUUUUGAGCGCGAAUUUAUAUGCGCGCAGCAUGUUUGGGGAGGAUGCACUUGCAAACUUGAGUAUUGAGAAGGAGGGCGAGGAUGGACCAGUCACCGGUUUUGUGCGCAUCCGAAGUAGGUCACAAGGCCUUGCGCUGAGUCUCGGAUCACUCAAAGGCUUGGGUAAAGUAGGAGAAGCUGCUUAA